UUUGAGAAGUGGCUGAAUGGCUGACGUUGAGCAUCCAGUUAGUGGACCAAUAAACCACACAAUGACCACAAACCUGGAAGAAGUCCUGAGGAACACUCUGGACAACCUCACAGGAGCAGAGUUUAAGAGGUUUAAGCACCACCUGCGGGACCUGGGCAGAGUCGCAUGGGGAAAGCUGGAGAAGGCCGACACAGACGAUGUUGUGGACUUGAUGGUGGAGGUGUACGGCACAGACGCGGGGAGCAUCACACUGACCAUCUUGCAGAAGAUGAACCACCACCAGUUGAUUGAGCAGUUGGAGAGAAAUCUGGAGACAUAUUAUGAUGAAGCCCAUGCAGCAACAAGGAAGAAAUCAUCACUAAUACAGAAGCUUCAGGAAAAACUGAAAAACAGGUUUCCUAUCUUACAUCCUGAAGAUGAAAAUACUUACAUUGAGAUUCAUAUUGAAGGAAGCCAUAUGAGGGAAGACAAUGGGACAGGACCAAGGUCUGAAGUUAAGCAAAUUGAGUUGGGGAAAAUGUUUGCAGCCACAUCUGCAAUACGAGUUUUGACAUUGGGAACUGCUGGCGUAGGGAAAACGGUUGCAGUGCAGAAGUUUGUCAUGGACUGGGCCGAGAGAAAAACAAACCAACACAUCGACUUUGUUUUUCUUCUUCCAUUCCGAGAGCUGAACUUGAAGAGAAGAAAAAGCUACAGCCUUUUUGAUCUUCUUCUUGUAUUCUACCCUGAACUCGAAGAUUUGAGAACCCUCCCUGAGUUUAAUGAAAGCAAGAUGCUUUUUGUCUUUGACAGCCUCAAUGAAAGCCAGCUCCAGCUAGACUUUGAUGGGUGCAUUUGUGACCCUAAUGAGAAGUCUUCAGUGGACGUCCUCAUCUCGAGUCUCAUCAAAGGCACCCUCCAACCCUCUGCACUCACCUGGGUCACAACCAGACCAGCAGCUGCUAGUCUGAUCCCGUCUGAGUAUUUCAACUUGAAGACAGAGGUGCGUGGAUUCAAUGACCACCAGAAAGUUGAGUUCCUCCAGAAGAGUAUCAGGAAUCCAGAAAAGGCCAACAGAGUCAUUGAAUAUGUCAACAACAAAAGAAGCCUUCACAUCAUGUGUCAGAUACCACUAUUCUGCCAUAUUGUAGCCAAUGUGCUGGAAGAGAUACUGGAAGAUCCGAGCAAAGGGGAGCCACCCAAAACAUUGACUGAAUUGUACGCAUCAUUCAGUGUUCUUCAGAUAAAAAACCUGAAGAACAUGAGUGCACUGGAAAAAGGACAGCUCCUUAUUAAACUGGGGAAACUGGCAUUUAGACAUCUGGAGAAAGGCACCCAGAUGUUUCUCGAGAAAGACUUGAUGGCAUGUGAUCUUGAUGUGAAAUCUGGAGCUUUUGAAGCUGGUACGUGCACAGAGAUUAUAAAAAUAGAAAGUGGCAUAACUGGAGAGAACACCUUUAGCUUUGUGCACCUCAGUGUACAAGAAUUCCUUGCCGCUCUUUAUGUUCUUCAUGAAAGUGUUCAUGGGGAAAAUCCUCUUCUUAAGACUGUGAGUGAGAAGAUCCGCUGGUCGUCCACACCAUCAAGGUUUCACCUUUACGAGUUUGCAGUGGAAAAGGCCCUGCAGAGCCAGAACGGACAUUUGGACCUUUUCCUGCGCUUCCUUCUUGGCCUGGCUCCAAUGUUGGAGGCUGAAAUCCAGCCCCCUCUGGAUGUAGUGCUGCCACAGUUAGCUACCAGAGAAGACAGCAUUGAUAUAACAGUUCAAUACAUCAAGGAGAAGAUCAAGGAGGACAUCUCACUAGAACGGCUCAUCCAACUCCUCCGCUGUUUAAAUGAGCUUGGAGACAGUUCACUGGCUGAGGAGAUCAACAGGCACCUAACCUCAGAAGAGGAGAAGAGUCUCACUCCAGCCCAGUGCUCAUCUCUGGCCUACCUGCUGCUGAUAUCAGCUGAAGACUUGGAGGAGUUUGAUCUGAAGAAAUACCAGCGAUUUGAAGCAGGGCUCCACAGAAUGCUAUCUGUAGUCAAAGUAUCUAGGAGAGUUUGGCUAAAUCAGUGUUGCCUCACUAAAGCAAGUUGUGGAAUAUUGGCAUCAGUGCUGCAAGGGACAACAUCUCAUGUCAGAGAACUGGACAUAAGUGACAAUGACUUGCAGGAUGAAGGAGUGGACCUACUCUGUGUGGGACUAAGAGAUCCACAAUGCAAGCUGGAGACACUGAGGUUAAACCGUUGUCACCUCUCUCAUGAGAGCUGUGAACUGUUGGAGUCUGUUCUGCAAGUAUCGACAUCCCAUCUCAGAGAACUGGACAUGAGUGACAAUGACCUGCAGGAUGAAGGAGUGGAGCUGCUCUGUGCGGGACUAAGAGAUCCACAAUGCAAGCUGGAGACACUGAGGCUAAAUCGAUGUCACCUCUCCCAAGCAAAUUGUGAAAUGAUGGCUUCAGUUCUGCAAAGGACUCCUUCCCUUUUCAAAGAAUUGGACUUGAGUGACAAUGACCUGGGGGAUGAAGGAAUAGACCUGCUCUGUGUUGGACUGUGGGAUCCACAGUGCAAGCUGGAGACACUGAGGUUGUCUCUUUGUGUGGUCACACAUAAAGGCUGUUCUUUCUUGGCCACUGCUCUCAAAUCAAACCCUUCCUACCUGAAACAUCUGGACCUCAGCUGCAAUCACCCAGGAGAGUCAGGUGUCAGAGAUCUCACAGAAAGACUGAAUGAUCCCAAUUGUAAACUAGAGACUUUCAAGUAUGACCAUGGAGGAGAGUUUAGGAGUAAACCAGGAGUACGAAAAUAUGCCUGUGAGCUCACACUGGACCCGCACACGGCCAGCAGCAGCCAUCUCUCCUUCUCGGAGGAUAACAGAGGGGUGAUCCAGGAGAGAGAGAGACCUGACAGAUAUCCUGACAGAUACCCAGAAUUAUUCGACCCCUGUUUGUGCUCCCAGGUGCUGUGUCCAGAGGGUCUGUCCGGACGCUGCUAUUGGGAGGCUGAGUGGAUCGGUGGGGACGUUUCAAUUGGAGUGACGUACAAAAACAUCCAGAGGAGAGGGAACGGUUCUAACUGCAGCCUUGGACUUGACGACAAGUCCUGGACUGUGAAUUUCCGUGGGUCAUUUGUUGAUAGUAAUUCAUAUAAUUGUAUUACCGGGGUUUACAAAUCACACCGUGGCUACAUCCACUCUGCCUGCCACAACAAUAAGAAGACUGAAAUACUUAAUCUACCCCCAUGCUUCAACAGAGUAGGAGUGUUCCUGGACUGGCCCGCAGGUACCCUGUCCUUCUACGGCGUCUCCUCCGACACACUCACUCACCUGCACACGUUCCACUCCACGUUCACUGAGCCCCUCUAUCCUGGGUUCAGGUGCUAUAAUUCAGCUGUGCGCUUGUGUCAGAUCACAUGAUCUGGUCAGUAUGCCGGGGCACCAGAGCCUGCAGAAGUAUCUCACACCCCCUAUUCAAAACAAUGGUGUCAGGACAUUCUGUAGUGAAACAUUAAAAGUGAAUUGAAAUGUUCAUGACAUGUUGAUGAACACAUUCAUAGUUCAAGGAGUUCAGUUGAUUCAAUAUUGUAUUCAUAUUUGCGUCUGUUAAGGAAUAAAAAGGACACAGAUGUUUUCCCUCUUUCUUCUGUUAUAAGUGUGUGUGUCCGUGUGUGACAGUGACUGAUGUGUGUGUGUGUGUGUGUGUGUGUGUGUGUGUGUGUGGGUGGAUGUGAGUGUAAAAGCUAAAUGUUUUGACUGUUUGCUUGUUAGCAUACAGUACACAUUAGCUGUAACAAUGAUUCCAUUAUUUAGAUUAGCUAUGUGUGUAUUGUAUUACACUGCACA